AAAGGUGCAGUCAACAGUAGCACGCGGGAGAUGGAGGAUCCACGGCAGAGUUUAGAGAAUAAGUUGGGUGUUUUAGGAACCUUCCGGGUGUCUUUCUUCGCCAUGUGUCGGCUGGUUUCCUUCCCCUGGACUUUUAUAGAAAAAGACCUUGAAAGAAACCAAUCGUCAGACCUCGUUUUAGACAUCCUCAGACAGACUUGUCUUCACCCUCUGUGUCAGAAGUUUCCUCCGUCAGUCAGAUUCAGGAGGUUGUUCCUCUCAGAGCUCAUCAAACGGCAGGAGGCAGCAGGCUGCGAUCCUCUGGACGAGCUGUACGACGCUCUGGCUGAGGUGGUGGGAACGGAGGAGACCAGCGAGUGCUACAAGAGCUACUUACUGCCGAGCGGCGACGCUGUCAGUCUUCUAGAGAACGUAGCUCUGAUCUCAAAGGGAACCACCGGCCUGGUGACCUGGGAGGCGGCUCUCUAUCUGGCAGAGUGGGCUCUGGAUCACCAUCAGGCCUUCACUGGGAGGACGGUUCUGGAGCUGGGCAGCGGCGUGGGGUUGACUGGAAUCACCAUCUGCCGCUCCUGCAGCCCGAAAAGGUUUGUUUUUAGCGACUGUCACCACAGCGUGCUGGAGAAACUGAGGAACAACGUGGAGCUCAACGGUCUGACGGAGGAGGAGUCUGCUGUCAGCGUGGAGGAGCUGGACUGGACGGCGGCGACGGAGGAGACGAUAGAGCAGAUCGGGGCCGACACGGUCAUCGCUGCAGAUGUGGUCUAUGACCCCGACAUUGUUGAGGUUCUGGUGAAGCUGCUGUCAAAGAUCCUGAGGUGUUCAUCCCAUGCAGUCCACCCCCAGGUCCUCAUCUGCUCCACCAUCAGAAACCAGGAGACGUACAGCGGCUUCAAGCAGCAGCUCGAAUCUGCAGGAAUCAGCCACCGUGUUCUCACAGAAGCCGUCAGUCCCGUGUUUCCUUACAACAGAGACUCUAAGAUUGAACUGGUUGAACUGGUCACAUGACAGCGGGAGGAUAAUAAAACUUUAUUUACAAAUG